ACAGAUGUUGGCAGGAAUUUCUUCUACAGUAUCACAGAGGUCUCAGUCUAUACCAGCUAGCCCACCUCAGAGAGCAAAUCAUCGCUCAUAUGGAGAUAACUUUAAUUAUAAUGCUAUGACAGCCACACUUUCUCCGCCGAUAGGUACUUAAUUCUAUCGCCUAAAUAAGAUCUAACAUUAUUUUUAAAGAAUAUGUGUAACCACUGGUAGUAGCUUCUGAAAAUAAAUGGAUAGUUGGAGUUUUGUGAUGUUGUGGUGAUGGUUUUUCAUCUAAUGUAAAAUGAAUGAAAAUUUCAUGCAUGUCAUUGUACUGCUUUUUUUUACCAAAUAGAUAUAGAUUUAUAAGUAUAUAGAUAUAUGCUAGCUAUAAAAAAAAAAAAAAAAAUAAUGAUGACCAAAGUAACAACUUUUCAAAAGUAUCCCAUAAGCACCAGUGAGUUCAAGUCAUAUUCACAUCUCUGUAGAAUGCAUUUAGGAAAAGUUUUACCUAGAUGUGGUAUGGAGUUUAAUCUCUGAAAAUUGGCAGUUGAAUGAAAUAAUAGAGCACUUAAAGUACAUUUAAACUUUUUAUUUUUUUUAACUGAGAUGUGUUUGGUGUCAUUCUAGUUGAAAAUAUGUACUUGGAAGCACCCUAGAGAAACAAUGCAUGCUGACGUUUUUAAUGAGGUAUAUAUUAAAAGGUCUGUCAACCUUGAAAGCUUAAACCUAUAUGAUGUACCAAGUUUGUAGGACCUCAGGUCACGAAGAACCAGGGUUUUUUGCUUUGUUUUUAAAACAAUCUAAUACAGUUUAAAAACAGUGAGAUAGUCCAAAAAAUAUAAUGUAGGUAUGUGGCAGAAAUCCAAUUCUGUAAGCCAGUUUCUGGCUCUUGAGAGGCUUCUAGGAACUUGGACUGUAUAGAUACUGCAAGCAGCCAGGUAAAUAACAGGCCCAGUCCUACAUUUAUCUUCAAACUACCCUUUAACAUUAGUGGAGUUCUGAUUACACAAGGAAUGAAUACUCAGGCUCGUAGUAAAAUAAGUUAACGCUUCCUUAUCAUACUGAUUAGAUAGCUGAUCUGCUGUGUUAUAAAUCCUUAAUGUCAGAAAUCUAGUUUAAUGUGUAAAUGAUGGUAUAUCUACUGGUUCUGUUUCUUUAAAAUAAGUAUUUGAUUGAAAUGUAUUAGGAAACAGAAUACAGAAAACUUCCUAGAGUACUAAAUCAUGAACACAGUACAUACUCAGCUGUACCAUUGCUUCUAAAAUGCAUUUGCUUUUAAGCUGAAGGACUUCCUAUUAGUUUCACAGACCUGGCACCAGGAUCCUGUUUCUUCUAAUAUGUUUGAAGAUACAGGUGUGUAGUUGCGAUUUUUAUGUUGCAGAAAGAUAAACUGAGACUUCUAACUUCUAAUCGUGAAAGGCUUAAAAGAAAAAAAUGUAAUAAAGUAUAUUUUAAAAGAAAUAUUUCAGACAUUGCAUCUGUUUUUAAGGAUUUGGGACCUCAGUUGUUUGUGUCUAAAGUUGCGCUGAAAUGUUGAGAGACAAUCAAAUCCAAUCAAGAAUUCCUUUCCUGACUAGUUAAUUGCACUGUCCUUUCUUUCUGUUCUAAGACAUGUUAUUUGUCUUUUAAAACAAAGGAAAGUGGUGGGGUUUUUUCAGCAGCCAUGACACUUUGAGGGUUGUGAUGUGUGUGAGAUAUGCAUAUUUCUUGUAGACGUUAUGGUAGAAAACUGGGAAGUGCAUAAAGUGUGGAGUGAUUUGAAGGAAAAAUCUGUCUUAUUUCUAGAGGAGAGAUGAGUGCUUUGUUAUACUCUGGAUCACUGCAAUGCUAUUUUGGCCAUGCUCCAAGAGGGCUACUUUUUGAUCUCAGUGAGAGAGGAAUGCCUGUAUUAUAGAAGGAUUUCCAAAGCAGGAGAUCAGCUAGAAGUAUUUAUCAUUAUUGAACACUAAAGCAUUUUUUUGCUAAAGAUUAGCUAGCCUGGUUUUAGAAUACAAUUCUGUAGAGGUCGGAGAAAAAGUGUGGGUUUUUUUUGCUGACAGAACAUAAUAGAACCUAAAUUAGGAAUAUUCCUGUUGGUUACCAGAAUUUUUUUUCCCAUGUUGGGUCUCAGAUAUUUUAAAAUAGUUCUUGGUUUUGCUACUUGUGGACUUGGGAUAGGAAGGGAAAAUGCCAAGUGUGAUUUUGCACAGAUGAAGCAAGAGCAUUUUAUUGUCUUUUUGAUCAUUCUGCAUUAUCCUUUUAAAGAUCUAUAAAAGGAUACUACUAAGGACAUAGUGUCUUCAGCAGUCAAAUUGUGGAAUUUAAAUGUAUGUGUGUUUUUCCAAUCAGAAUUGUAAAAUUGAACUUUAGUGAGAAAUUUUGUAAAAGAAUGCAGCAAUAAGGAUUUGUAAAUUAAUCCUUGUGACCUAACCUUUAUAUGUUUACUGCAUUCUUUUAGUUAAUAUAUUGUUAAAUUUUGUCUUUGUACUGCCCUUUAAAUAGGACAAAUGUAUAUUUGCGUAAACUUUCUGCUUACUUUAUUCUUGUUACUAUCUGAAUAUUUCUUUUCUAAAAAGUCUUAUAUAGUUGGGACAGUAAUUGAAUACUCAGCUCUUUCAGUCUUCAGUUAUUCUAACAUAUGGCUUAAAAUGUAAAUGAUGUAAGUGAGGGAUUUGAGAGGCCAAAUUAUUAUUAAAAAUAAUAUUUUGCAUGACUAAAUGCUUUUCACAUAACCCUCCUUAGAGCUCAUUACCUUCUGUAACCAUCUACCAAAAUAAAAAACACUGCUUAGGCCCUGAUUCUGCGAAGACCUUCUGCAAAGACAAAGAAAGAAAAUCUUUCAAAGUUAUAGAGAGAUCCUUCUCGUUACACAAAACACAUUCUAUAAAGGAUAUGGAGAAUAUUUUUCAGUUGGUGCGCAAUGUAAUCCCUCCUCUAGCAGGAAAGAAGCAUAAGGGUCAAGAUGGACGUAUAGGCAUCAUUGGAGGAUGUCAAGAGUACACAGGAGCUCCGUAUUUUGCUGCAAUUACAGCUCUCAAAGUGGGUGCAGAUUUAUCCCACGUAUUUUGUACCAAAGAUGCAGCAACUGUAAUAAAGUCAUAUAGUCCGGAGCUGAUUGUUCAUCCAGUUCUUGACAGUCCUAAUGCUGUUCAUGAAGUGGAAAAGUGGUUACCACGACUGCAUUCAAUUGUCAUAGGACCCGGUUUAGGUAGAAAUGAUGUACUACUUGAGAAUGCUAAGGGUAUUAUAGAAAAAUCCAAGGUCAAAGGAAUCCCCAUUGUCAUUGAUGCCGAUGGAUUGUGGCUCAUUUCCCAACAGCCUUCUCUUAUACAAGGCUACCAGAGAGCUAUUCUUACUCCAAAUUAUAUGGAGUUCAGCAGACUGUAUGAAGCUAUGCUUAGAGACCCUGUAGAUAGUAAUGAUCAUCAUGGAUGUGUGUUAAGGCUCAGCCAAGCCAUGGGGAAUUUGACAGUUGUUCAGAAGGGAGAACGAGAUCUUAUUUCAGAUGGAGAAAAAGUACUCGUAUGCAGUCAUGAAGGAAGCAGCAGAAGAUGUGGUGGACAAGGAGACCUCCUAUCAGGUUCCCUUGGAGUCUUAGCACAUUGGGCAUUUCUUGCUGGACCAGAAAAGACAAAUGGGUAUGAUUGCAUUAGUGACUCCUCUUCUCAGAUGAAUCCAUUAUCCUUAUGGCAACUGUUGCAGAAAUGCUGUCAGAAUCCUUUCCUAGUGGCUGCAUUUGGAGCUUGUUCUCUUACAAGGCAAUGUAACAACCAAGCCUUUCAAAAAUUUGGACGUUCAAUGACUGCCUCUGACAUGGUUUCAGAAGUUGGAACAGCUUUUAACAAACUUUUUGAAACCUGAAGCCAAAGCAGCAGAGAGGAAGACGAGGAAGAAUAAUGGCUGCAACAGUAAUUAAAUUUACAGUAGAAUUUACAUAAGUAAUGCACCCUUUCAAGUGCUGUAGCAGCAUUGGUAUGCUAGGUAGAUUUUUUUAUUUUUAAGAAUAGAAAAAUAUGAUUAAUGUAGAUAUUUUUUAAGAGUUUGGAAUACAAAAAUGUUUUGGCUGAAAUAAGCUGUAGUUGCAGAUCUGUUAUAAUAUAAUAAAACUAAACUGAAAGUAUUCCUGUUCUUUUUCAUAGUUAUUGAGCAAUAACUAAAGUGUGUGGGAACUGCAAAAAUGCACUUGAUACUUAUAAUGAAAGUAAAAUUCUUCCACCAGCUCAACAAAAUUUCUUGGCUUACACCAAGGAUGUCAUGAUUUUGUUCUUAGACUGUGUUUCUAGGACUAACUACUGCACUUCAUUUUUCUCCAUGCUGUUUUCCUUUUAUUUAAAUACGUCUCUUUGGAAAUGGAAUGUUUCAAAUGUAAUUGGUUGCCUUUGCUCAUUCCUAGUCUCUGAGGUGUCAUUCUUUGAAUUUUAGGUUCUCUUUUUUUUUUCCCUUUAAAGAAAAAAAAAAAAA